AUGAAACGGACCUCAGGUCAGCUUCAGCGUGAGAAGAAGGCCAGGCCUGGGUCCGGAGCUGGGAAUGUGGUUUAUGGUCCAGCAGAGUCUCAGAGCGCGGUCUUUGGAGAUGUGUGCUCCCUACUCACGUCUCCCGUGGAUGGGUACGAUGUUUGCGUUAUGGCGUAUGGACAGACGGGCAGCGGAAAGAGCUGUACCAUGCUGGGACCCCAUUCGGACGACGGCCAUAUUCUGCCGCUUGACCCACAGAAUGACUUAGGAAUUAUCCCUCGAGUGGCUGAGGAGCUUUUCAGGCUCAUUUUGGAAAAUCCCUCAAGAAUCCCAAAGGUUGAAGUCUCCAUAGUGGAAAUUUACAAUAAUGACAUUUUUGACCUUCUGGCCAAAGACAGCAUUGCAGCCGUGUCAGGGGUCAAGCGUGAGGUGACGACAGCCAAGGAUGGAUGGACAGAGGUUGCGCUGCUGGCCUCUGAGGCUGUCGGCAGCGCCUCAAAACUGAUGGAGCUCGUUCGUGGAGGUCUGCAGCUUAGGGCGAAGCACCCCACCCUGGUGCACGCGGAUUCCUCCAGGUCUCACCUGAUAAUUACGGUGACUCUAACCACAGCUGCCUGCUCUAACGGCACUGUAGACCGAGCCUGCAGUGCCACCCUCCCCAGGGAGCGGACAGAGGCGGGAAGGGCAAGAAGGGCAGGAAGGAGCCGCAGAGCUUCUCAAGGGGCCUGGGCUCCACAGCCGGUUCCUGGGCACCCCGCAGGGCGUGCGGAGCAGGUGCAGGCCCGGCUGCAGCUCGUGGACUUGGCUGGCAGCGAGUGCACUGGUGUGUCCGGGGUGACCGGGUCGGCCCUGAGGGAGACGGUGUGCAUCAACCGCAGCCUUGCGGCCCUGGCAGACGUCCUAGGGGCUUUGUCGGAGCAUCGCGGCCAUGUCCUGUACCGGAACAGCAGGCUCACCCACCUCCUUCAGGACUGCCUCGGAGGCAACGCGAAGUUACUGGUGAUUCUCCGCAUUUCUCCCAGCCAGAGGCACCUGGCGCAGAUGUUGCAGGGCCUGGGUUUUGGGAUCCGAGCUCGGCAAGUCCAGCGAGGCCCUGCCUGA